AUGGGGAAACAAAACGAAGAAGAAGAGGAGGUGGAGGAAGAGGAGGAAGACGAUGACGAAGAUGAUGACGAUGAUGAGGAAGAUGACGAGGACGAGGAAGAUGACAAAACAAUCAAAAUCAGAAAAUCAAAAGAGUUGGGAAUCUCAUGUAUGUUAAAUACAGAGGUCGGGGCAGUUCUAGCAGUAAUCCGCCGCAGAUCUGACCCAUCCUCGUAUAUUUACCUAGACGACGCCUUGGAUUCAAAUAUAUUGAGUUCUUUAAAAUCAUUAAGAUCACUAAUCUUCAAUCCCCGCCAAUCAUGGCGGGCGGUUGAUCCGUCAAUCUACCUCUCCCCGUUUCUCGACGUCAUCUCCUCUGACGAUGUCCCCGCCGCCGCCACCGCAGUCGCCCUCUCUUCCAUUUUAAAGAUGCUAAAACUCGAUAUGUUUGACAAGAAAACACCAGGAGCUCAUGAAGCAGUGUCAAACGUCGUCAUGGCAGUCACCGGAUGCCGCCUCGAAAAGACACAUCCGGUGACAGAAGCCGCCGUGAUGAUGAGGAUUUUGCAGGUUUUAGCGGCGGUGAUGCGCCAUGCCGCCUCCGUGCUCCUUAAUGAUCAUGCAGUGUGCACGAUCGUCAACACGUGUUUUCAAGUUGUUCAGCAGGCAGCCAACCAAGGUGAUCUCUUACAAAGAACCGCCCGCCAUACAAUGCAUGAUUUGAUACAAAUUAUAUUUUCGCGGCUCUUGGAGAUUGAAGUUGGGGAUUGGGAGAAUUCAGAAUCGGAUACUGAAGACGCGACGGAUGAAACCGGGUUUGGAAUCCGGUGCGCGGUUGACAUAUUUCAUUUCCUUUGUUCGCUACUUAACGUCGUAGGAAUCGUCGAUUCCGACGGGUCUCCGUCGUUAACUGCGGACGAAGACGUGCAAGUUUUCGCGCUUGUGUUAAUCAACUCGGCGUUGGAAUUGAGUGGGGACGGAAUCGGAAAACACAAGAAGCUAUUACGAAUGGUUAAAGAUGAUCUUUUCCAUCAUUUAAUCCAUUACGGAACGUCUUCAAGCCCGCUUGUGUUCUCGAUGAUUUGCAGUACGGUUUUCAACAUCUAUUAUUUCCACCGGAAAUCGAUCCGUUUACAGCUCGAGGCAUUCUUUCUAUUCGUUUUAUUCAAAACCGCAAACCAAGGUUACUCAAUUCAACUCCAAGAACUCGCAAUCGAAGGGAUUAUAAACUUUUGUAGACAACCAACUUUCAUAAUCGAAGCCUACAUAAAUUACGAUUGUGAUCCGAUGUUUAACAAUAUUUUCGAAGAAAUCGGAAAAACUCUUUGCAAACAUGCGUUUUUAUCGGGCGGGACCGCUCCCACGAGCUUACAAUUUCAAUCUUUUGAAGGGCUUAUGGUUUUAAUCCAUAAUAUCGCCGAUUUUGUGGAUAAACAAACCGACUGGGGUACAGGCACAUACCCGGUUGAGAUUACCGAUUAUAAACCGUUUUGGGAGGAAACACCGAUGGAAGGUACCGAUUCGGAAACAUGGAUUGACUCGGUACGACUCAGAAAGGCGCAAAAAAGAAAGAUAAUGAUCGCAGGAAGUCAUUUCAAUCGCGAUGAUAAAAAAGGGUUGGAUUAUUUGAAAAUAUCAAAGCUAAUUUCCGAUUCCCCCGACCCGAGAGGCUACGCUAUGUUUUUCCGGUACACUCCGGGCCUUGAUAAAGUCAAAAUCGGUGACUUUCUUGGUGACCCGGGUGAGUUUAAUCUCAAAGUGCUCAAAGAAUUCACCGAGUCAUUCGAGUUAACCGGGUUGGUACUCGACACUGCUUUACGAACAUAUCUAGAAACAUUUCGACUCCCGGGGGAAUCGCAAAAGAUCCAUAGAAUUCUUGAAGCAUUUUCCGAACGUUUUUACAAUCAACAAUCAUCGGAAAUUUUUGUGAGUAAAGACGCGGUUUUCAUAUUAUGUUAUUCGGUGAUCAUGUUGAACACCGAUCAACAUAACCCGCAAGUCAAAAAGAAAAUGACCGAAGAUGAAUUUAUAAGAAAUAAUCGCGCGAUAAAUGGAGGCAAUGAUCUCCCGCGCGAAUACCUAUCAGAUCUUUUCCAAUCGAUCGCGAGUAAAGCGAUCACGAUCUUUGGUCAAACCGGUUCCCCGAUCGAGAUGAAUCCUAGUCGUUGGAUCCAACUCAUAAACAAAUCGAACUUAAUCCUACCGUAUAUCAAGUGUGGAUUCGAUCGGAGGAUCGGGAGAGAUAUGUUUGCGGUAAUUGCGGGCCCAUCUGUCGCGACACUUUCCGCCAUUUUUGAACAUGCUGAAGAUGAAGAAAUUAUUCAUGAAUGCAUUGAAGGAUUAUUUGCAAUUGCGAGGAUUUGUCAAUAUGGACUUGAAGAUACUUUAGAUGAACUUAUAUCUUCGUUUUGUAAAUUUACAACUUUGUUGAAUCCGUAUGCUUCAGCUGAAGAAACUUUGUUUUCAUUUGGGCAUGAUUUGAAGCCAAGAAUGGCGACACUUGCAGUUUUCACUGUCGCUAAUAAUUUCAAGAAUUCAAUUAGGGGAGGAUGGAGGAGUAUUAUUGAUUGUUUAUUGAAAUUAAAAAAGCUUAAAUUGUUGCCACAAUCGGUGGUCGAUGUCGGGAGUUCUACCGCCAAUGGCCGCCUGCAUAGACGGGGGGAAUCGGAAUCGGUGAUUAGCAAAGAUCAAACGGGAAAGAUCAACACCUCUAAUUUAAUGGCGGCGAUAUCUCAUUGUUUAUCAAUGGAGAAUCUAGAAGAGUCUUUAAACCUUGGGAUAAGUGAAUUCGAACAGAAUUUGAAAGUUAUUCAACAAUGUCAAAUCGGAAGUAUUUUCAGUAAGAGUUCGACAUUACCGCUCGAUCCGUUGCUAAACCUUGGCCGGUCGUUGAUUUUUGCGGCAGCCGGAAAAGGGCAGAAGUUUAGUACUCCGGUGGAAGAAGAGGAAACGGUUCAGUUUUGUUGGGAUUUGAUUCAAGCGAUGGCGUCUUGUAAUGUCCACCGGCUUACACAAUUCUGGCCGACUUAUAAUGAGUAUCUUCUCACUGUCGUUCAAUUGCCGAGUUUUUCACCGAUUCCGUUUGCAGAAAAAGCCAUUGUUGCGCUGAUAAGAAUCUGCUUGAAGCUUCUUGCGUCAAGGUCGAAUGAAAAGGUUGCUGAAGAACUUAUUUUCAAAUCGAUAAACAUGAUGUGGAAAUUGGAACGCGAGAUUCUCGAUACGUGUAACGAUUUCAUAAUCCAAUCGGUUACGAAGAUUUUAAACAAGUAUUCAGGGAAUUUAUUGUCUCAAUUAGGGUGGAAAACUGUUCUUCAUUUGUUGUCAAUCACAGGUCGACAUCCGGAGAGUUAUGAACGUGGUGUCAAAGCGCUAAUAAACCUAAUGGCAGAUGGUUCGGGGAUUUCAGUUACAAAUUAUCCAUCUUGUAUCGAUUGUGCGUUUGGAUUUGUCGCGUUGAGAAACAGUCCGGUGGAUAAGAACAUGAAGCUGAUGGAUUUAAUGGCGGAUUCGGUGAAACUGAUAGUCGAGUGGUCGAGAAACGGUUACUCGGAUCCGGGGAGUAAUUCGAGCAUAAACAAUUCGGCGUCCAUUGAUGAUAACACGAAAGCUCUCGGAACCACGAACAUGUCAAUGAAUCUGUUCGUGAAGGUUGGAGAAGUUUUGAGGAAGACGAGUUUAGCGAGACGAGAAGAGGUAAGAAACUACGCGGUUACCUCCCUCCAUAAAAGCUUCAUAAACGCCGAUGAGCUUUACUUCACUCCAAACAACAUCAUGCAAUGUUUCAAUUUGGUAAUUUUUGCAUUGGUGGAUGAUGUGCACGAGAAGAUGUUGGAGUAUUCCACGAGAGAGAACGCAGAGAGGGAAACGAGGAGCAUGGAAGGGACAUUGAAGUUGGCUAUGGAGUUUUUUGUGGAUGUUUAUCUGCAAUUCUUGAAGGUGCUGGUGGAGAGCCCUGGAUUCAAGACGUUUUGGUUGAGUAUGUUGAGAAGAAUGGAUAGUGUUAUGAAAGCGGAUCUUGGGGUUUAUGGAGAAUCGAAGAUGCGAGAACUUGUUCCUGGUUUAUUGAAGAAGAUGAUCCAGACUAUGCAAGAGAAGGAAAUAUUGGUACCUCAAGAAGGGAAUGAUUUGUGGGAGAUCACUUAUAUUCAGAUUCAAUGGAUCGCUCCUUCGCUUAAAGAUGAACUUUUCCCAGAUCCAGUUUAA